AGCUUCCUGCCCUUUUCCUCUUUCUCCACCAGCUGAGCUGAGCUGAGCUGAGCAGAGAGCCACCAGACCCGACCAGCAGAACAAGAAGCUGAACCGGCUCCCAUCUCCUUUCCUUCCAUUCACACCGGCGAGCACAGCGAAACGCGGAAGCAGAGAGUGCCCCCCGCGCCCGCCCCCUCCUCCCUCCGGUCCCCGAUGGUGGCUCGCGUCGCGGCCCUCGCCGCGCUCCUCGCCCUCGCCGCCGCCGCCGCGCGGGCGUCCAACGACGAGGGGGACGCGCUCUACGCGCUGCGGCAGCGGCUCAGGGACCCCAACGGCGUGCUGCAGAGCUGGGACCCCACGCUCGUCAACCCCUGCACCUGGUUCCACGUCACCUGCAACCAGGCCAGCCGCGUCGUACGCCUGGACUUGGGGAACUCCAAUAUCUCCGGCUCCCUCGGCCCUGAGCUCGGGCGCCUUGUGAACCUCAAAUACCUGGAGCUGUACAGGAACAAUUUCGAUGGUGAGAUCCCAAAGGAAUUGGGUAAACUGAAGAAUCUGAUCAGCUUGGAUUUGUACGCCAACAAGCUCACCGGAGAAAUCCCCAAGUCAAUUUCCAAGCUCAACUCACUCAGAUUCAUGCGCUUGAACAACAACAAGCUUACCGGAUCAAUUCCAAGGGAGCUUGCCAAGCUUUCCAACCUGAAAGUCAUUGACCUGUCUAACAAUGACCUCUGUGGAACCAUUCCAGUUGAUGGACCUUUCUCAACCUUCCCUCUUCGAAGCUUCGAGAACAACAGCAGGCUCAACGGUCCAGAGCUGCAAGGGUUGGUUCCCUAUGACUCCGGAUGUUAGAUGCUUCUGUUCUGGCUGAUGCUGCGCUGCAACAAAACAAUCAACGAUGUAUCCCAUCCCUAGUUAAAAGAAGGAAAAACAAGAUAGUAGUACAAAGAAACCUAGCUUGGAGAAUGUGGUGAUAAUAUGUGUGUUCAGACAAGAUUUGAGGGUAUCAAAGGAGGUCCUGAUAUAUAUAUGUGUAUUCAGACAACAGCAUAAAGAAAGAAUGAAUCGGACAAGUUCUGCUUGGCUGAUAAAGUUAUGCCAAUUGCCAA